AUGAAACUGGUACUAUUAUUGAGUUUGAUAGCAGUAGCUAUCGCUGCCCAAAUUCCGACCUUCGAUUCUAACCAAAACGCUCGUAUACUUUACCAAAAUUACGAAAGUAAAUUUAGAAGUUACAAAUUUGGUUUCAGACAAUCCGAUGGUAUCAGACAUGAGCAGGAAGGAUUUCUCAAUAACUUCGGUCAAGAAAACGAAAAUCUAUCCGUGAAAGGUAGUUACUCAUGGGUAGGACCUGAUGGAGUAACUUAUGAGAUAGACUAUACAGCUGGCGAAGAUGGUUUCAAACCAGAUAUUUCUCAGGGACCCGGUGGUGGCAUUCCGCCACAAAUCCUGGGUUCUAUGGCUGGUUAA